AGCCGGGGAAGCUCAGCCGGCCAGUGUGUCAACUGUCACGGCGACUAGCAUCGAGGACUACCGUCCUAACACCGUCGCAACAGCGUCCUAACAGCGUCCUAACAGCGUCUCAACAGCGUCGUAACAGCGUCGUAACAGCGUCGUCUAACAGCGUCUUUGCCUCACACUGACACUGCGGACAGCGCAGCGCGGACAGCGCAGACUUCAUCUUCCUUCCUGAGGCAUCAUCCAUGCACUUCAUGGCGCCACAAUGUGGAAGAUAACUUAAGUACCAGUUUUGUUCUUUGGCCGGUCCCAUGUCCGAGGACAGAGAUCCAAAGCCCUACCUGUACUCAACCCUGGAAGGUCCUGAACAGAACCAGGAAAGGCUCAGCUUUCACGUGGAGGAAGAGGAGGCCUCUCUCUGUAACUCCCUCAGCCAACUUUGCCACAUGGCUAGCAGUUACAACAAGGUGUGCAGCGGGCAGGAUGGGGUGGAACUGGAAGCGGAGUUGGGUUUGGCUUCUGAGGGGAGUGACAGCAGUCACGAGCCCCCGGCCUCGCUGGGCUCCCUGCAUGAAGACAGGAAGCGGCUGCGACCGCCCUUGCACGAAGACGUGGAGAUGGGGUGUAGCGGCUCGAGCGGAAGCGGCACUGAAUCCCAUGGCAACGAGUCGCACGGCAACGAGUCCCAUGGCAAUGAAUCGGUGGGCAGCUCGAAUGGCAAUGGCAAGGACUCUGCCCUAACGGAGUCUUCAGGGAGCAACAAGAGCUCAAACUCCCACAGCCCUUCGCCGCCAAGCAGCUCCAACGCCUUCAGCCUGGUCAGCUCGGAGCAGGACAACCCGUCAACCAGCGGCUGCAGCAGUGAACAGUCAGCCAAAGCAAAGACUCAGAAGGAGCUUUUCAAGAGCCUGAAGGAGCUGAAGAUGCACUUACCGUCCGAGAAAAGAAGCAAGGGCAAGUCCAGCACGGUCAACACUCUCAAGUACGCGCUGCGAUGUGUCAAACAGGUGAAAGCCAACGAGGAAUAUUAUCAGAUGCUGAUGAUCAAUGACAGUCAGCCACCAGGGUUUGAUGUGUCAUCCUACACCAUCGAGGAAAUCAACCGCAUUACGUCUGAGUACACCCUCAAAAACACUGACAUAUUUGCUGUAGCCGUGUCGCUCAUCACAGGGAAGAUUGUUUACAUCUCGGACCAGGCGGCGUCCAUCCUGAACUGCAAGCGUGAAGUGUUCAACAAUGCCAAGUUUGUGGAGUUCCUAACACCACAGGAUGUCAGUGUCUUCUACAGCUUCACCACACCUUACAGGCUGCCGUCGUGGAGCAUGUGCACUGGAGCAGAGUCGUCUCCCACGGAGUGCAUGCAGGAGAAGUCCUUCUUCUGCCGCAUCAGUGGUGGAAAGGAGCGGGAAGGAGAUCUCCAGUACUAUCCUUUCAGGAUGACUCCUUACCUGAUGAAAGUCCAGGAUGCUGAGCUCGCUGAAGAACAGUUCUGCUGCCUCCUGCUGGCCGAGCGAGUGCACUCUGGUUAUGAAGCACCCAGAAUCCCCUCUGACAAACGCAUCUUCACCACCACACACACCCCUAACUGUGUGUUCCAGGAUGUGGACGAGAGGGCGGUUCCUCUGUUGGGUUACCUCCCUCAGGACCUGAUCGGGACACCUGUGUUACUCAACCUGCACCCAAGUGACCGACCGUUAAUGCUGGCUGUGCAUCGAAAGAUUCUGCAGUAUGCCGGUCAGCCGUUCGAUCACUCCUCCAUCCGCUUCUGUGCAAGAAACGGUGAAUACGUCACCAUCGACACCAGCUGGUCCAGCUUCGUCAACCCGUGGAGCCGCAAGGUUUCCUUUGUGAUCGGCAGGCACAAAGUCCGCACGGGUCCUGUGAAUGAAGACGUUUUUGCAGCACCAACUUUCCAUGGAGGGAAGAUAAUGGACUCAGACAUUCAAGAAAUCAGUGAACAGAUUCACCGGCUGCUGCUGCAGCCGGUCCACAACAUGGGCUCCAGUGGUUAUGGUAGCCACGGCAGCAAUGGCUCACAUGAGCAGCUUGUGAGCAUCAGCUCAUCCAGCGAGAGCAACGGGAACCUGACGUCUGGGGUCACAGCUGAGGAUACGGGAAAGGCAAAGCCACUCAGGACUUUCCAGGAGAUUUGCAAGGGGGUCCACAUGCAGAAGAACCAGGACUCUCACGUCUGCCUGCAGUCGUCAUCAGCCUCACCACUGCAAUCCAAACCCGAACAAAAGAAGUCUACAGACACAGCAGCUCAGAGAAGUCCAACAGUGCGUCUGAAGGACUCUGUGCCCCCCCUGCUGUUCAGAGACAGUACUGCAGCCACCACAGAGGACUUCACCUGCAAAGAUCAGAGCGUGUGCUCUUACCAGCAGAUCAGCUGCCUUGACAGCGUCAUCAGAUACCUGGAGAGUUGUAACAUUCCCAUCACAGUGAAGAGGAAGUACCAAUUCUCCUCAAACACCACCUCCUCCAACUCCGAUGAUGGCAAGAAGGGCUCAGAAGACGGCUUACAUGCUUCCCAGGACACAAGCACAGAUCCUUUGAUGCUGGGUGCCCAGCCAGGUCUGUCACACAUGAAAGCCCCUAAAAAGCCUCUGUCUGGGGUGGCUGCAGUUGUAGGAGGACCCCUGGCCCCCCUCACUCUACCCAGCAAGGCUGAGAGUGUGGUGUCCAUCACCUCACAGUGCAGCUACAGUAGCACCAUCGUCCAUGUGGGAGACAAGAAGCCACAGCCAGAGUCUGAGAUUAUCGAGGACGUGGCAGAGAGCCCAGCGCCUCCAGUUCUGCCCGUCAGUGUGGUGUCUCCACCGAGCCAAGAGAAGGAGGCGUACAAGAGGCUGGGGCUGACCAAACAGGUGCUGGCAGCUCACACCCAGAAAGAAGAGCAAGCAUUCCUCAACCGCUGCAGGGAACUCCGCAACGCCAGGAGCUUCCAGAAGGACUGCUCCAAGUAUCUGCACAAGCAGAGGGGUCCAAGCAAUCUGGAAGAAUCCUCUAGACCUCAAGGUGCUACCAAACUGGGCACCACCAGGCCUGAGACCACGGCCAAGAAGGGCAACCGCAGCAGGAAGUCCAAGAAGCCACGAAUGAAGCACCCCGACUCCUCGGACAGUGCCGUGUCCAACCACAAACCCCGGCCCACUCUCCAGCGUCUCAACCAGACGUCAUGGUCACCUUCUGAAACCUCACAGUCAGCUUUUAAUGUCUCCUACCCUGCUAUGGUGCCUCCAUACCCACUUUACUCACCAGCACCUGCUGCCCCUGCACAGGUUCCUCGUCUUGACCCGUCCCUUUCCACAGGCUUUGGAGAGGCACAGAGCACCCAAGCUCCACCAGCAUCCACUCCAUUCCCUGCUCCUAUUGUUACACCAGUGGUGGCUCUGGUGCUGCCAAAUUAUCUCUUCCCCCAAAUAGGACCGAUAGGACCGAUAGGACAGAUAGGACCGAUGGGACAGAUAGGACCGAUGGGACCGAUAGGACAGAUGGGACCGAUGGGACCGAUGGGACCGAUGGGACCGAUUGGACAGAUGGGGGCUGCUCCAAGUCCGGCGUUUUUUCUUGAACAGAGCCCGUCACAGACAGCAUACACUGCUCCACAGCCCUUUCAGGCCGCACAGCCAGCAUACACCCUGCAAACACAGCCCGCCUUCACCAGUCAGCAGCAGUUCCCUGUGCAGACUGCCUUUACCCCUCAGCAGCCGUUCCAGGCCACUCAGCCUGCCUACACUGCCCCGCAGCCAUUCACUGCACAGCCUUCUUUCCCAGUGCAGACUCCGUUUGUUGCUCAGACUCCUUUUCCAGUGCAGCCUUUCACCUACAGCCUCGGCCCAGAGCCUCCCAAAACCCCGGCCGCGGAGCCCCGAGAGGGAGUGGCAUCACGCUCCUCCAGCCCAGUGUCUGGAACCCGAGAGCCAACUACGUCGCCGCCACUGUUUGAGUCGCGCUGUAGCUCACCGCUGCAGCUCAAUCUGCUGAGCAUGGAGGAGGGGCAGCGAUCAGGGGAACGCCUGGACAGCACCGCCUCAACUGGAGGCCCGGGGAGCAGCGCAGCAGCACUGCCCUCAGAGAAGAACACCUUUAAGACCCAAAGCCACCAACAGGUGGAGUCUCUCGGUGACGAAGCGCACAGUGACGCUAACUCCUCGUCCUGCGACCUGCUGGACAUUCUUCUGCAGGAGCAGGAGGAUUCACACUCGGCCACAUCUGGCUCCAUGGGCUCGGGGUCAGGCUUGGGAUCGGGAUCAGGAUUAGGAUCGGGCUCUGGCUGCAAUGGCUGUGGUACCUCAGCUAGUGGAGCCUCUGGCAGCAGAACAGGAAGCAGCAACACCAGCAAAUACUUUGGCAGCAUCGACUCCCUAGAACACCACCCGAAGGCAAAAGUGAAACCCAAGGUGAGGGGCAGAGGAGGCAAAGGAGGCACAGGAGGCUCUGCUGGCGGACCGUCGCAGGGCAAAGUCUCAACUCAAGGGGAGGGAGAGCAUUUGGUCAAAUAUGUCCUCCAGGAGCCGCUGUGGCUGCUGAUGGCCAACGCUGACAACAAGGUCAUGAUGACGUACCAGAUACCGUCCAGGGACAUUCAGAAGGUUCUGCGGGAAGACAAGGAGCGGCUGCGGCAGAUGCAGAAGGGUCAGCCUCACUUCUCCUCAGAGCAGAGACGAGAGCUGGUGGAGGAACAUCCCUGGAUAAGGAGGGGAGGUCUCCCUGCUGCUAUUAACGUGAAGGAGUGUGUGUACUGUGAGGACGCACCAGAGGGAGCCAUUGACCAACACCUGCCAGACAUGGACAUGGGUGAGCUGGGCGAGCAGCUGAGCCAGGAGAACCAGGAGAACCAGGAGAACCAGAAGAACCAGAAGAACCAGAAGAUUCAGAACCAAUCACAGGAACCUCAGCCUCCAUCGGACUCUGGCUCCUGAAAAAGCACAAAUCACCAGCAGGGGGACACACUGAGACUUUGACCACACACUCACUUGUGGAGGUGUGUGCUGGAUCUAGAGCUGCUGCUGGAGUGCACUUCCUGAUGCUCACCUGCAGAGGGCAGUAGUGAUGAACACACACUGACUGGACCCAGAAACAUGUUCCCUGUCUUUAUUUAAUGUUUUCUCAUCGUUAUCACAGGCAGCAACACGAAGAGUUCUUGUUUAAGUUAAUAGUGAGAGUAUAAACUUUACAUGUAAAUAAAUAAAUGAUACUGUAAAGUAAUGUACAGGUUAGAACAUGUCAGCUGAGCAUUGCUGCUGGAGUUCAUGUUUGUGGUUUUAUCUUUUUAUUCUUGUACCAUGUGGUCCAAUACAAACCCAGGAUCCCCUCUGGUUCCCCAUCGAGUCAGCUGACAGUGACAAUCGGUCACAUGGUGCAGCUGAUCUCCCAUCGUAUUUAUUUUCUACUGCGUCAUAUUCUCUGAAGAGUGUGUUUGUUUUUUAAAGCCAAAGCUGAAAGAUGGAGCUCACAUGUUUACAGGUGUUUACAGGUGUUUACAGGUGUUUACAGGUGUUUACACACGUCUGAAGUCACAAAACAACACUCCAGCCGUCUGUGUGUUGAUGAAGAAGAAGAAGAAGAAGAAAUAUUCUUUCCUUCUACAGUUUAUACACUGCAGCAUCUUGUUAAGUAUUAUUCUUCUUGUGUUGUUUCUGCAGACUUCAACCUCAUUUCCGUGAGUUAGGCUGCUCCUGCACACGGAAAUCUGUGUCAUUUAUUUCUCGGUUCCAGCAGACCUCGGUUGAGGUCAGAGGUCAGCACUGAGGUCAGAGGUCAGCACUGAGGUCAGCGUGCUGGGAAGAAAAGAACAAAAGGAAAAACGUAACACUGUAGCAAACACGGGGACCACGUUACACCAGGACCCUGCUGUAAAGAGCAGGAUUCUGUCAGGUUAAAGAAAGCCUGAGAUUUGGGAACACGUUUGGUGCUAGGUUGUAGAGAAGCAGCCAGAGCAGAGCCUUUGAAUGUGACACCGACUGGACCAAGAGCGUCUCGUUGGGUUACUUUGUUCUCACGAUGUUUUCUUUUUCUUUUGCUUCUGUUUGAAGAAAGCAAAGAGUGGCUGAGUGUUGCAGCUGAUGGACCCUACCUCGAUUUAAAUCCCAGCUCAUGUUACUGUAACAUUUGGACGCACGGACACUUUGUCUCUGCCUUGGACACCUGCCGCCGUCUGUCUCUCGUUGUUCUGUGCAAAGAAUAAAAAGUCUGACUUGAGUAUAAACCAGUGACAAUGCAAGAACCUCAGAGAAUAUUAGGCCUUACUUUUGUCCUUCACACAGAGAGAACUCUCUGACACUGUUCUGGAACAUGAGUCCAUGGAAAUGACUUCUGUGCUUUUAUUUUGUAGUUCAGAAGUGUUGUUUUGAGACAUGAAAGAAAUGUUGAAAUAAAAACAACAAAGAAAUAUUA